UGGCAUGAGGGAACAUGGUGGUGGGAGUCCUACAUAAGCGUGGUGAAGAACAUCAAAAUUUGUCGGAAUGACGCCUUGGCAACUGUGGACACUGCGUCCUCACGAUCAGCUGGCCGACACAGAUAGAAAUGCAAGCAGCGAAGCCCUCAAGUUGCAUAAGGGUGGCCGAGUUAAACAUUUGUGCAUAGGCCAAACGAAACAGUGCCGUGGCUAUUAGCAAAUAUUUAUGUUGACAAAUGGGCGCGGUCGACACGCACAUGACCACGGUCGUGGAAAUACCCUUUAACGACACGACUGUGGUGGCAGACAGACACACACGCGCCAUGCGAGCCUAUCAGUACGUUGAUUGAUUGGCGCACCUACGGAGGAAGGAGUGUGAACAGGAGUGGCUGAGCGUGGGUGAACUAAAUAACCACUACCUGCCUGGGAAAAUAGACCGUAUCAUCUACGCGUUGCUACGCAGUACGCGGCUGGAGCUGGCGUCGAGAAGUCCUAUGCGGUAUUUACGUGCUGCAAUUGCCUCUCCUGCGUCAAGCUACGAACUUUGUGUAGAUGUUGCGUAGAUCUCGCUUGUGGGAGUUUUGAUGACGUCAUGUGCAUUGGAUUGCCGUUUUGAUAUGAUUUCUAAGUCAAUGCUCGAACAUUAGUUCUGUCUCACUAGAACGAGGAAUAAAUAACUUGCAUUCAAGUCAGUAGCAGGAAGAAUAUGUACAUAACACAUGAUUGGAUUCAAUUAUGCUCAAGAUGAGCUCAUAACUGCCAUAACGGCAUUUCCACCGUAUUGCACAUGGACCAGCUGAAUGGCUGCAAAAGUGGGACAAGUGGUGCAUCAAAGGGAAAAGAAACACCACACACCACAGCCAGAAGCAAGCCUGUUGCAUGCUGCAGUCUGGUAGAGUAACUGAGACUGCCAGAAUGGAGACUUUCUCUGGAGGUUCAGCAAGAACACCAACAUCUCAGAUUGAACUUACCCUGUCAUGCAGGAACCUGGCUGAUAUGGAUGUGUUCUCCAAGUCUGAUCCAUUCAUAGUGGUCUAUGUGGCAUCCGGCGGCAGCGACGCAUGGCAGGAGUACAAGCGCACAGAGAUCAUCUACGACAACCUCAACCCCGACUUCGCUACAAAGGUCGUCGUGACGUAUCAUUUUGAAGAGCAGCAGCGCUUGAGGUUCGAUGUGUACGACGUGGACGCGCCGUCGCCGGAACUCAGCCGCCACGACUUCCUGGGGCGGUGCCAGUGCACGCUCGGUGAGCUGGUGAGCCAGCGGUCGUCACAACUGAAGCUGCUGGGCGGGCCCGGCGGCCUCGGCACGCUGCUCGUGCACGCCGAGGAACUGAUCUCCAGCAAAGAGCACGCGCACUUGCAGUUCCACGCCAUCAAGCUGGACAAGAAGGACUGGUGGGGCAAGUCAGACCCAUAUGUCGAGUUGUUCAAGUGCACGGAAGAGGGCAAGUGGGUGCUGUCGUGGCGGACAGACGUGAAGAAGCGCACGCUCAAUCCCGAAUGGGGUACGGUGGUGGUGCCGGUCAGCUCGCUCUGCAACGGCGACCACGAGCGGAACAUCCGUGCCGUCUGCUGGGACUGGAACCGCAGUGGCACACCCAGCCUGAUCGGCGAGACGCACUUCUCACUCCGCCAGCUGCGGACGACCGGCAGCGGCUGCACGCUGGACCUGAUCCAUCCAGCGAAACAGAAGAAGAAAGGCUCCCGCUACACGCACUCGGGCCGCCUGGUGGUACGGCUGGAGAGGCUGGAGCAUGUGUACAGCUUCCUUGACUACAUCCAGGGCGGCACCGAGCUGGCCUGCACCAUUGCCAUCGACUUCACCGCAUCGAACGGCGAGCCAAAGUCGGAGGACUCGCUGCACAGCCUGACGCGGCGGAAUGCGCUCGGCGCGAUCAGAAACCCGUACGUGACGGCGCUGCGGGCCGUUGGAGAGAUUAUCCAGGACUACGACAGCGACAAGCAGUUCCCCGUGCUGGGCUUCGGCGCUCGGCUGCCGCCCGACGGCCGCGUCAGCCACGAGUUCUACGUCAACCUCAAUGCGGACAGCCCCUUCUGCCACGGGGUGCAAGGAGUUGUGGACGCCUACGAGCGGUGUCUACCCCAGGUGCAGCUGUUCGGCCCCACCAACUUCGCGCCUGUCAUCCGACACGUGGCCAACUUUGCGCGCCAAUACCGUGACGGCUCGCAGUACUUCAUCCUGCUCAUCAUCACCGACGGCGUCAUCACCGACAUGCCGCAGACCAAGCAGGCGAUCGUGGAGGCCUCAUGCCUCCCACUCUCCAUCAUCAUCGUGGGUGUGGGCUCGGCCGACUUCGCUGCUAUGGAAGAACUGGACGGCGACGUGGUGCGCCUCUCGUACAACGGCCGCGCCGCUGAGCGCGACAUCGUCCAGUUCGUGCCGCUAAACGGGCUGUUGUGUGGUGAGCAGGUCACGCUGCGCGCGCGGCUGGCGCGCGAGGUGCUGGCAGAGAUACCGGACCAGUUCCUCGGCUUCAUGCGCGCCAACAAGAUCACGCCCGGUCCGGCCCGCCAGACGGUGACCCAGCUGCCGCCUGACCCGGCGCUGUUGUAGUGGCGGCGG